AUGUCCUCCCUCACUGACUCGGCCGAUCGCCUGUUACAGAUUGGCAAGUCCAUCCGCUCGACCGCAACCUCUAUAUCCACCUCUUCCGACCGAACCCCCUUCACCCGCGCCGUCCUCCACACUCAUCUAGGCGAUCUCAUCCGCGAUGCCGACCCAUCAGAAAUCGGGCUCUUUACGCUGGUACAGAGCAGGCCCCUACCUGAUAAGGAGGCGGCGGCUACUGGAACAGCGCCCAAGGAGAUCGCGCGCGUAGGGUUCCCCGGCGCUACCCCUCUCAGAAAGCCAAGCGCAAAAUAUGGCAUCAAGAUGAAGGAGAGGGAACCUGAGCCCGAGGUGUACGCGCAGGCUGCACUGAAAUACUUGGACCGUUAUCAAUAUAUCCGACCCAUGCCCCGAGCGCGAACGCAAGUUGUGUCCCUCCUCGACGAACUCACAUCCGUGCGGGAGAGCAUAGAAGGGCUCCGUGCCGCUGCCGAGCAACCUGCUGGCUCAGGUCCGGACGAGCCUCCUUCGUCCCCCAAAUCGAUGAUCGCAGCGGAGGAGCGACGUAUACAGGAGCUGCACAAGCAGAUGGCUGAGCUGAAGCAACAGAAGGAGUCGCUGCUACACCAGCAAGUCGCGCCCCGGACAACGAGGCGCGCAUUUCCCGCGCGGCCCAGGCCGGCGCCUCCUCCCGCCCCUGUCCCUGCUGCUCCACCCAAAGCUGACGCGCAAGAAGAGAUGUUCUGGAACACGCCCGCGUCGCGCGCGCGUACGCUGCAUUUCACCGAGUCCUUGAUCAUGGACGAAUCUGUCGAUCUGGGCAAUGUCACUACUUCGUUCUCGAGCCCGCUAGCGGGCCCCGCCAGCCGGGCGUCGCGACAUAUGGUUGAGGAAGACGAGCCCGAGGACGAGGCGGAAGAAGAGGAGGAAGAAUCGCCUGCUGUGGGAGAAGAGCAGGAUCAUGAGGAGCAACCAGACUCGCCGGAGGAGCCAGAGACAGAGACGGAUCAGGAGACAGUCGUCCUCUCGAAACCGCCAGACGAGCCCCCGUCACCUACCCGGCCUCCUGAUACGCCUGCCUCAGAAAUAGAGCUGGUAACAGAAACGCCUAGCCAACCAACCCCCAGCGGAGGGACUGAAUCUGUGCGGAAGCCCAAAGUUAGGAUAACCACUGAGGUGGAGCGGAUCGUGGCGAAGAUAUGGGCUACGGUUGGCGAGAUGCUCAUGCCCGGCCAUCCAUAUAACGUAUCAGGAUCUCCCAAGACGAACAAGCCUCCACGAGCGAAAGAGACAAUCGCACAUCUCCAAUCCCUCAGCUCCCAAACCCCUGACCCCGCCUCGCCCUCGUCCGCCUCCCUCUCCACCUUCUCCCCCGCGCACGGCCCCUCGACGCAGCAGAUCCUCACCGCGGCGCUGCUGUUGGCCGUCCUGUCCGCGCCGGGCCUGCGCAUGUCGCUGAACCAGGUGAAGGAGGUCGUAGCAAGCAGGGCGGGGCCGGUGGACGUGGGCAUGGGCGCACCGCAGCGCGCGCUGUAUGGGCUGGUGGCGAAGAGGCUGAUUAGGAUUGAUAGGAGUACGAGGGAGCAGAUGGUGAUGUUUGAUGUUUAGGUUACGGUGUUAUACCAGGGGGGAUGUAAGGUUUGCUUUUAUACCUUUGCUGCAGAAUUGUGCGGGCACGUUGAUGCUAACAUGUCGCGGCUGACAAUGUCAUCGUUACUUAUUCCCCGGCCCAGCUCUGUCCAUUAACCUUUGGUUUGACUCUGUUCACUACAUCCGGCAUCUCGCAAUCCAAUAUGGUUUGGCAUCUCUAUAUCUA